AUUGGCCGAAACAAAUGUCAAUGCUCAAUGCAUCUCAUUCGAUUGGUUUAUUGGAUGUGAGGGGCGUUUUAGGGUAAUUUGUGUACAGCGGUCGAAGUUGAAAGUAGAUCUCAUGUUUAUUUUCACCUAGACGUGAAUUUAUGAGGUGUGUUGUGAAUGCAAUUAUUUAUGUCUCUCUGUUUAGCCAAUAUAUUUUACAGCUUGAUCUAGUAAUCAUUGUCUAAUUCUAUGACAGUCUCGGUCUUUUAUUUCGCAUGCUGAAUGUUGGUUGUGUACUGUAUGUGUAACCUAAUUUGCUCUGUCAAAAAUCAAAAAAUGUCCUACAUUUUGCUAAUAAGGAGGGGGCGUCAUCUGUCCGGCAGCUGUAGAAAGUUGGACCUUCAAGUUCAACCACACGUCGAACCCCCACUCAACAGUACGUUUGAUCCCUUUUGCAUUUUCUUUACUAAUUUAAUGCUUAUUUACUUUCUUUUGAAAGGCAUUCCUGGACAUGCAUUCCUUUAAAGUUGACAUACAUUGAAAACAUUACAGUGAAAUAUAAAAUCUGCAUUGACAAAUCUGCACAAGCUGCAAUAUCUAUGUAUACAAGGUUGACAUACGAAUUCCCUGUGAGCGUGCCUACAGUACACAUACAAAUACAGCUUGACAUUGAAAUAAUGACAUGCAUUGAAUCCUCUUGUUGUCUCAUCUGUGUCUAGAGUUGAAUUAACAAAUGUUGAGAGUUGAGAACAUGAUUUUGCUGUCACGAAUGUUUGCUGUCACAGCCCUCUGAAUCUGAUCCAUUGAGCACCCUUUUGAUAUAGUACUUCUAGUCUAUUCUAGUCUCAUUACAUAUUGCUCUCUCAGUGGCAGGGAUUGGCAGACUGUCAACAAAGGGCUCAGUGCUCUUACUGUGUGACAUGCAGGAGAAGUUCAGACCCAACAUCUUCCAGUUCACCAACAUUGUCAGCAACGCAGCCAGACUGCUACAGGUAGACACACACAUACACACACACACACACAUAUUCAUACAGCUCAUUACAAGUUAAAGUUUGUUGCCACCCACAUAGCAUUCAAUACAAAUUCAGUGUGUCUCUCCCUCUCCUUCCCUCUCCCCCAACCCAGGCAGCCCGUGUUCUGGGCAUCCCCUCCAUAGUGACAGAGCAGUACCCUAAAGGCCUGGGUCCCACGGUGCCUGAGCUGGGGGCUGGCGACCUGACAGCCCACGCCAAGACCAAGUUCACCAUGAUGAUAGAGCCAGUGGAGAAGGAGCUCAAAGCUCUGGGAGACCCCAAGAUAGCCAUCCUCUGUGGGAUAGAGACACAGGCCUGCAUCGCGGUGAGACCACAGGUUCAGAUAUGACUGGAAUUGGUCCGUAAGCUCAGAUCUGUGAUCAGUUUUUCCCUACCCUACCUGAAUCUGGAGCCUUGUUCAGACUGAUCCUUGGGAACAAGUUCAUAAUUAAUUGAAUGUACUGUAAAUAGGGCUCAUCUAUCUGUUCUUCUCCCACUAAUUAGUGCACAACCUUUGACCUGCUGGAGAAGGGUAUGGAAGUCCAUAUCGUGGCUGAUGCCGUCUCAUCCAGAAGGUACUACUGUGUUCCCUACUAUUUCUCUUCAGUAUUUUUCUUCAAUUACUCACAUUUUCACUGGUUAAACAUUUCUGGUGCUGAGAUAUUAUUUUCCCUUCUCUAUUUCCGUCUCCAGUCAGACAGACCGGUUGUUUGCCCUGUCCCGGUUGAGGCAGAGUGGAGCCUUCCUGACCACAACAGAGGCCGUCCUUCUACAGCUAGUACAAGAUGCCAAACACCCCAACUUUAGAGAGGUACUGUACCAUGUCGCCUCCACCUUUCAGAAUACACACACCACCUAUUGUCUCAUCAGUUAG